CCGGUCACGUUGAAAUGACCGACGUUGCGCCGCCUCCGCCACCGACAUCGAUGGCAGUUCGAAGGAAGUUCUUGAUGAUGGUGUCGUACUACGGUCGUGGCUACGUGGGCUGGCAACGCCAGGCGAUCACAAGCAAGACGCCACCUGGACAACCUCAACUUGUAAGUAUUCAGGAUGUCGUGGAAGCGGCCGUGACGUCUCAAUUCCGGCCGCAUGAGCAUGUCAAUGUAGCGUCCGUCAGUCGCACCGACUCGGGAACAAAUGCACUCCAACAAUAUUGCACAUUUGUCCUGCCCGAGGGGCACCCAUGUACUUCCGAGAUGCUUGUCGCGCUCAACGCGGCGCUACCAGAUUCCAUUCGCGCGCAAUCGUUGGUGCUUCUCGACGCCGUGGACGCCCGCCGCCGCACCAAAUCCACUCGAAAAAAGUACGUUUACUACAUCGAGCAAGGGCCGAGACCGAAUCCGUCGACGCUGCACACGGCGUGGUUCAUCGGCAAGCCGCUAAAUCUGGCGGCGAUGCGGGAAGCGCUAGGCCUGAUUACCGGCACCCACGACUUCCGAGCCUUCUCCCAGGGGCUUCAAAAGCACGAGUUCGUCGACUUGAACACCACCAGGACCCUUCUCGACUGCCACGUCGUGGUCCGACGAUCGGUGGACUUUUCACUCGAUGUGUCCAAGGCUGGCAGCGGUGACGUCGUGUCACCAGACCCGGCGCCCGGCGGCACAGACAACUUUAUCGUGUGCAUCGAGAUCACGGGCACGGGGUUCCUGCGGCAUAUGGUUCGCCGCAUCGUCGGGACGUUGCGACCCAUCGGCGAAGGCACGCGGCCGCCAUCUUUCAUGCUGGAUGUGCUGCAAGGACGAGCGGAGCCUGGGCCGUCCGUGCCGUCGCGAGGGCUGUGGCUACACCAGAGCUGGAUGGGCCGGCAUACUAAUGUGAGUCCACUAGCGACGACGGACGCCGCCGAUGUCGGAGACGAGGAUGACACAUAAAUCUACGGGGUACUGCGUUGAAGGGACAUUUCAACGAGGUGACGAGGACAUUUGAAUCUUGUGCAACAGGCUACGUUUCAUUUUGCGUCCACACAAAUAUUAGUACAACGUAGUACUAGUGCGAUUACAGUUGUUUGCACAAGAACCGUU